GGGCAUUGACGAAAUUAGUAGCGCGAGUUAUGGAUCCUUCUCUGAAUUAUCCUCAAAUCUACAAAGCUCUUAGCAUUGAUGUUAAGAAGAAAUUAAGCGAGAUAAAUAAGUGUGACGAACAGGCUACUGACUAUGGUAACAAAAAUAUAUGUAAUCGUUGAUUUCUUCGUGCAACCAGCUAGUGUAGCGAAAAGUUUGGCCGUCCAAGAAUGUCAUGAGUUAGCGGCAGUCUUUUUACUGGGCAAAGCAAAAUGUGAAUUCGCUGCUAAAAAUCUGACUUCUGAAGCAUCAACAUUAUUUACAGCUGCAAAAUAUUUUAUACAAGCUGAUGAUAAAUUGGUUUCAACUAAUUCUAUUAAUUAUGAGGAUAAUUUAAAUUGCGCGAUUCUUUGUUUAUUAAGAGCAGCAAGAAUCUAUGAAUUGAAUGAACUCUUCACAUUAGCGACAAACGUUUACAUUUAUCUGGUGGAUACGUUAAUGAGACGAUGUAAAUUUCAUCAAUCUAUACCUUAUAUAAAACGAUCUAUAGAAAUUGUAUCCAAAGAUGUACUAUUAAGUUUAGAAUUAUAUAAACGUUUAAGUUAUUGUCAAUUAUAUAUACAUGAUUGGCCUGGUGCAUUGUAUACUUUUAUAUGUAUACAAAAUUUAACAAAAAAAGAAUUGACAUUGAAUUCAUUUGAUCUAUAUAUACAAUAUUGGAGUAUAUCUGAAAUAUUUCGUGUAUUACUUAUACUUCUAUGUAUGCCUUCCUAUAGAUUACAUAAUCUUGAUUCAUCGGAUUAUUCUUUAAAACAAUAUGAUAUUAUUGUAACUGAUGAAAAAGUUGAAGAUUUAUUCAAAUUAUCUACAUUGAAUUCUGUUUAUAUGGAUAAUAAUUUAUUUAUUCUAUUACAGUCUUUUGUGUUGGCACAUCAAUCAAAAGAUAUUUUAGAAUUAGAAUCACUUUCAGUUAUGCUUCAAUCAUUUGUAAAUUUAGAACAACGUGAAUUAAUUAGUCUAAUUCUUCGUGAAAUAAUAGUGGUUACAUCGUGAAGAAAAACAAAAGAAAUGGGUUUUUCUCUGUCAACAUAUUCAAAUGAAACAAACCUCUCUGUGUCCUACUUUGUGAUCUUUGAACCAGAAAACUCAACGGUUGUCAAGUUCUAGCAAGCUUACUUCCUUGUUCUUCUAAUAUGUAUAUGUGAUAUUUUUCUGCUUUACUUCAAUAAAGUUGAAUUAUCUCUGUAAAUUAUUUUUCAUAAAAUAUGUUUUUCAACAGAA